AUGGAGAACUGGUCUUCCCAGGCCCGUACCUUCGCAUUUCCAGCCAGCUGGCAGUAUGCUCAGUUCGAUCCCAAUUUCCACGGACAGCGACCAUCCACGCCGCUCCAAGGCCAGUGCCAGCUUUACCACGGCUGUCAAGUUCCUGCGGUGCAUCCCAUGGAGCUGCUCUACCCACUGCACGCCCUGACUCUUCGGCAUCCUGUCAGUCUUGCCGCUCCCGACGGGUCAGGCAUCCAGCACCCUCUCAGACCCUGCGCAACAAGCGCACAACUCCAGUCCCAGGAGGACACCUUCGAAGACGGCAUGACGUCGUCUUCGGACUGUGAUCUGCCUCCUGAUGGAAAACGCCGGCGGCGCCGCCGGCGAGGAAAGCGAAAGCGGACAAAGCCCCGACCAUUGAAGAAGAAGCCGCUGCCUCCACCUGAAGAGACACUGGAGGAACGAGCGCUUUGGGGUGGUGGUGUCCUCGGGCCUUUGGCGCGAGUAUGCGAUGGUUGGGCAUGUGUUCUACAUGACGUUCAUCGACGUAGCUUCGUCUCCUAUCGCAAGCAGGCCUUUCCAGCUUCAACUCUGCAUCAGUGGAGGCAGACUCUCCUCAGCCGCAUCUGCUGGCGGAAGCCAGAGCGGCCUCCGAAAGAAGGCAAGGAGCAGAAUGCGCCUUGCGAAGCGCUGCUGCCCCGCUCAGCAGCCUGGCUGACGUUGCCGGGCUGCCGUUGCGAGUACCAGUAUGCGGGCCUUCGGUUUCCAGCCGCGACGAUGCCUCCGUGGUUCCUGGAGAUCACGGACCAGGUGGCACAAGCUUGCGGACUCAAGGAGCGCCCAAACUCGUGCAACGCCAACCUGUACAAGGGCGGGAUGGACAACGUCAGCUGGCACUGUGACGAUGAGCCGCUGUUCGAUGCCACAGGCCGAGAUGCACUCAUCAUCUCGCUAUCGCUGGGUGCAACCAGGUCCUUCUGCCUUCGUCCAAAGGACGAUCCAUUUGAGGAAACUUUGCUCCAACUGGAGGAUGGUGAUCUCUGCACCAUGGAGGGCCUUUGCCAAAAGCACUACCGGCACCGAGUUCCCCCGGAGGAGGAUGUUUCGGAAUAUCGAGUCAACCUCACCUGGCGAUGGAUUGUGCAGCACGAUGAGGGGUGCCCGUUCCACAGAGAGGAAAAGUUGCCCUCAGAGUCGCCUCCAAAUCCCAAGUGA